AACUGAAGUAGCAAUGGACGCGCUGGAGUCGUUGUUGGACGAGGUGGCCCUGGAGGGGCUUGAUGGCUUGUGUCUUCCCGCUCUUUGGAGCCGUCUGGAGACGCGAGUGCCGCCCUUCCCGCUGCCUCUGGAGCCGUACACGCAGGAGUUUCUGUGGCGGGCCCUUGCCACGCACCCGGGCAUCAGCUUCUACGAGGAGCCUCGGGAGAGACCAGAUCUCCAGCUCCAAGACCGGUAUGAAGAAAUUGAUUUGGAAACUGGCAUUGUGGAGUCCAGGAGGGACCCGGUCCCUUUGGAGGAUGUCUACCCCAUUCAUAUGAUCUUGGAGAAUAAAGAUGGCAUCCAGGGCUCAUGCCAGUACUUUAAGGAGAGGAAAAACAUUACCAGUGACAUCAGGACCAAGACAUUACAGCCCCGCUGUACAAUGGUGGAAGCCUUUGGCAGGUGGGGGAAGAAACUGAUCAUCGUUGCCUCCCAAGACAUGCGGUACCGGGCCUUGAUCGGCUUGGAGGGUGACCCCGACCUGAAGCUCCCCGACUUCUCCUACUGCAUUUUGGAGCGAUUAGGCCGGUCCCGGUGGCAAGGGGAGCUCCAACGAGACCUCCACAGCACUGCUUUCAAGGUUGAUGCUGGGAAGCUCCACUAUCAUAGGAAAAUUUUGAACAAAAAUGGGCUCAUUACGAUGCAGUCACAUGUGAUCCGAUUACCCACCGGAGCCCAGCAGCACUCAAUCCUCCUCCUCCUGAAUCGGUUUCACAUGGACAGGAGGAGCAAAUACGACAUCCUUAUGGAGAAGCUCUCAGCUGUGCUGAGCACACGGAGCAACCGGACAGAGACGCUGGGGAAGCUGAGGGAGGAACUGGGGCUGUGCGAGAGGACAUUUAAGCGUCUGUACCAGUACAUGCUGAAUGCGGGGCUGGCCAAGGUGGUGCCUCUUCCCUUACAAGAGAUCCACCCUGAACGUGGACCUUGCAAGACCAAGAAAGGGACCGAUGUCAUGGUGCGCUGCCUGAGGCUGCUGAAGGAGUUCAAGCGGAAGGUCGAAGACCAGGACGACGACGAGGACGAGGAGGCCAUCUCCAAGGCCGUGCCACCGGUGGACAUCGUGUACGAGCGGGACAUGCUCACACAGACCUACGAACUCAUUGAGCGUCGAGGCACGAAAGGCAUUUCCCAAGCUGAAAUCCGAGUGGCUAUGAACGUGGGAAAACUGGAAGCCAGAAUGCUGUGCCGUCUCCUUCAGAGAUUCAAAGUGGUCAAGGGCUUCAUGGAGGACGAAGGACGGCAGCGAACCACCAAGUACAUCUCCUGUGUGUUUGCGGAGGAGAGCGACCUGAGCCGGCAGUACGAGAGGGAGAAGGCACGGAGCGAGCUGCUGACCACCGUGAGCCUGGCGUCGGUGCAGGAGGAGUCCCUGCUUCCUGAGGGCGAGGACGCUUUCCUCUCUGAGUCGGACAGUGAGGAGGAGAGCAGCGGUGGCAGGAGGAAAGGCAGAGGAUCACAGCGGGACUCGAAGUCCUUCUCGAACGGCGGUCUCAGGACUCAACCUCACCGCUCCACCCCGACCAAGGGGGGGUGGAAAGUCAUCAGCCUUCACCCAUUGAAGAAGCAUCCGUCUUCCUCCCUGGGAGCUUCUGAGAGAGCCUGCCAGAGCUCUUUCCGGGGGAACAACCUCCUGGACACCAGCAGCUCCUCAGACCCUGGCCUCACGGCUUAG